UAAGUCUACUUCCGGUAUUCCCCUGCCAUUUGAAGGCUGUAGCAAGUUGUGGCUUUCCAAGCAAAAUCAUACAUCUGUUAGCUUCUUUAAAUAGGUUUUUCAUUUAAAAGGGAUGUUUCGCAGAAAGCUUACAGCCUUAGAAUAUCACAACCCUACUGGAUUUGACUGUAAAGAUGAAACUGAAUUCAGAAAUUUCAUAGUUUGGCUGGAAGAUCAAAAAAUCAGACACUACAAAAUUGAAGACAGGGGAAACCUCAGGAAUAUUCCCAGCUCAGAUUGGCCUAACCAUUUCGAAAAGUACCUUCAAGAUGUGAACUGUCCAUUCAGCGUUCAGGAAAGACAGGAGACUGUUGACUGGCUGCUGGGUCUUGCUGUUCGUUUUGAGUAUGGAGACAAUGUGGAGAAAUAUCGUAACUGCAAGCCGGUGACGGAGACUAGUGAUGCUCAGAAGUCUGCAGACCCGUUAAUUAACCUGGACAGUAACAAUCCAGACUUUAAGGCCGGUGUCUUGGCUCUUGCAAAUCUACUCAAAAUUCAGCGACAUGAUGACUAUUUGGUAAUGCUUAAAGCCAUUAGGAUUCUGAUACAGGAACGUCUGACCCCUGAUGCUAUUGCAAAAGCCAGUCAAACAAAAGAGGGUUUACCAGUCGCACUUGACAAGCAUACUCUAGGAUUUGAUACCGGAGAUGCGACCCUAAAUGAAGCGGCCAGGAUUCUUCGCCUGCUUCACAUCGAGGAGCUCAGAGAGUUACAAACCAAGAUCAACGAGGCCAUCGUAGCGGUUCAGGCCAUCAUUGCCGACCCCAAGACAGAUCACCGCCUCGGAAAGGUGGGCAGAUAAAAACAUCUGCCCGGACCUUGCAGCAGAGACCACAAGACAUGCUUUCUAAAGUAUGCUUGUUUUCUUUAACCGCACCACAGGUAUUUUGUGUGAAUUCAAGACAUUUUUGUGGGAAUGCCAAACUGGACUGUUUUUUUCUUUAUCGUUCAUUUGCGUUGCCCUGUAAUAAAAAAAAAGGCAAAGAUUUAUUACAAAAUGUAAUUUCAUUAGUGCCUUAUGUGGAGGCACUUAUGAAAUGGUACAUGGUUUACCGUUACCAUAAAAAGUUUUUGUUGCAAAAUAAACAUUAAUGCAAUGCAAGAAAGUUUUAUGACUGGUUUGUUUUACCCUGGAGCAAGAAAUUCAACCUGUUCUGCUUUAUACCUGUGCAUGCGGUGUACAUUUAAGAAAAGAAUCACUCACAGAGCCAAAAAUAUUUGAAAGUCUGAAACAUAAUGCACGCAGACAUAUUAAAGUUGUCA